GAUUUCUUAUUGGCGCUGUAAGAGCUGUCAGAAUUGAUGAGCUGAGAACGCAUAUAUUAAACGAAAAGUAAAGAUGUUUGAUGUUAGAUGUUAGCCAUGUAUUGUGCGGUCCGUCUGUGAUAUAUUGUUGAUUUUACGGGCGAGAUCCGAUUUUGAUCGCAGCUGUUUUCAUUGCGAACUUUGUCGCUGGGUCAAUCUGGUUCAUUGGAAGCGAAUGGAGCGAGCGGGCAAUAGAAAUGUUGCCAAAAAUUUAUGCGAAAAUUUGCAAAUUUGCUAAAAUGAUAAUGAGAAUUAUUAGCACCGACUAGCUGGACUAGUUGUUGUUGCCAACUGGAGCUUGGCCUCGGGUAUAUAACCCUGCUGGGCCGUUGGCAUUGUCACAGUCAAGCAGCAAUAUUGCCCCAGGCAAGCAGCAAGCCGCAGCUCGCCAGGAUCUAAAAAAAAGAGAGAGAGAGACACACACACAUAUAUAUAUAUAUAGGAAUUACCAGACGAAUACAUCAUCAUGAGAUUUCUGGGUUAUGCACUGCUGUUGCUUACAGCAGCGGCUUUGGCCAACGCAGCAGGUGAGUUCAGCUGAGAGCGGCGAGCGUUUGAUAUCAGUUGUUAUAUCCAUACCAAUACAUCAAUCCGCAGUUGGACGCAGCGAGGAUGAUGAGGCAUCGCCGCAGAGGUACCGCCUGUUCAAGCGCAGCGCCGUUGCCGAGGGCAGAACCCUGUCGCAGCUUCUGUCGCUGAAGGGUGGCAACUGUUCGCCAGGGACAACUACAACCACAAUAACGCCCACACCCUCGACGACCACAGGCACCUCGACCACGACAACAACUCCAUCGGUCACCUCAUCAACUCCGCCGUCAACGCCUCCAUCAUCGGCUCGUGGCUACAAUGACGAUGACGACGAGCCAGCUGAUGAGCAAGACGUGGACGUCGACGAUGAUGACUAUGAGCUGGAUCGCCUGCACGCCGACGAUGAUGAAUUGACCGCCUAUGAGCUAAACAGCCUGACGCGCCGUGGUAGCAACCGCCCAGUACUGGCCAGUAACCAGUUGUCCGACAGUACUCGCCUGCAAGCCUACGAGCUGCGCCGGCAGACGGAGCAGAACAAGCUACUGCGCCAGCGCAUCCAGUUCCUGCGCCGCCAGAGCGCCCAAAAUCGCCGUCGUGCCCAACGUGCCCGCAAGCAGCAGCGCCGCCGCAACAAGAACAAUCGCCGCCGCUUGAGCCGCAGGAAUCGCCGCAAUCGCCGUCGCGCCAACACUCGCAAUCGCCUUGCCAGACGCCGCCAGAGAAGGAACCGUCGUCGCAAUUAGACCAGCUACAUAGCAUCCGUUGACAAUCGAAUCUUCUGAAAUAAAUCGAAUACAAAAG